AUGGACUACUGGUUCGCGCUGAAGAAGCAAGACCUCUCGGUCAACAUCGACAUGCACAAUGAGAAAGUCGAAGGAAGCACCACUAUGACGUUGGCCCUGUAUAUGCCCAUUUACUAUCUUUACGAUGAAGAAGAUUUUGCCAAGGCCAACUAUGACAUUAAUAAAGUUCGAAUUAGGAGAGACAUAGGAUGCUGUGAAGGGGGGAUUGGACAAAGGGGGGGUGACGAUGAUCAUGGUAGUGAUGAAGAUGAUGAAGAAGUGGAUGAUGGGGGGGACGCAUUAGAUCCACUGGAUGGCGAAAACACCCAGGGUAGAAGAGAUGAUCAACAUGGCAAACACGCAAAGGAUAGUAAGGAUAGUAAGCAUAGCAAGCACAGCAAGCACAACAAACAAGGGAAGGGCAUGAAGCACUCCAAACAAGCCGCUUUAAACGGAGGAGACCCGAAGGAGGAGGCCCCGCGAGAUGUCCCCCUACUGGAAGACCAAGCCUACAUCAAUUUUAUGAAGAGAAAAAAGGAAAACAAAAUAUUCGUUGUUCUUGAAAUGCCACACAACAUGAACUCUAGUUCUUACCAAGAUGUUAAAAUAAAUGGAACCGAGCAGGAGAAAUACUACAUGAUAUAUACCAGUAUGGGGCAUGGGAAGGAGCCCUAUGUUAGAGGUGAUAUCGCGGGGUGGGCGAAUCGUAAGUAUGGUCCGGGCGGUCAUUACGGCCAUCACAAUCAUCCUGACGAUGCUUACGACCACCACUGCCAUGAUAACUUGUAUAAACCGACCGAACACAGCGAUAAAACAGAUCAAGACGCAGAAGGGAGGAAGGCGGGACCACCAGAUGGCAUAACAACAGAUGAAGAAAGAGAAAAGAAGGAAAGCACAAAGUUCAAAUUGAAGUUGAAGCAAAUCAAUUUUGGGCACCCAAGUGGGUGCAGUAAUGAAGAUGGACAAGUGGCCCAGACUUAUGGAUACUCACCUUGGGAAGAGAAUGAAAGGGAGAAUGAUCGAAUAGAAGACUCAACCCAUGAAAAACGCAAAGGGAAGAGAAAGAUAGAAACGGAAGUAGAGGAAGACCACGAGUUUGUCAAUAAUCACAGGAAUCAACGCAUCCCAAACAUAAUGGACCUCGUGUCGUUAAACAAAUACACAGAGGAAAAUCAUAUCAAGGGAAAUAACUACAUGUUCAUAUCGAUAGAAGACCGAGUAUGGAACAAGGAAAAGGAAAAAAAUUACAACAACUGGAAAAACUUCUGUCAAGGAGAAACAGUUAUAGUAAAGAAGAAGGGAGAAUACCACGUAAAAAUUAUAUUACAAAUAAGUAUGAACUUUUCCUUGUUCAAUUUAUCAUCUUCCCUUAACAAUUUAUUUUUUAACAAGAGUGAAGACAUACUGGUAGGAUUACAGAACUAUUCCUGUAACAGCACAUGGUUCCCAACUUUGUCAAAAAUAUACAGUAUUUAUGGGAAAUGCUUUUGGGAACUCCUCUUCAAAAUUGAAAAACCCUACGUGGUUAUAUCGUCGAACAGUUUAAUAAAUGUAUAUGAAGUUCAGGAUUCCAACUUCUUCCUUUAUAAGUCGAAUAACAGACAUGGCAAAUUGGCUCCCCAUGAAAUUUCUCUCUAUGCUGGUAGGUUCGACUUCCUUCACUUAAAUAAUUUGAACCUUAAAGAUUUCCAGAAAAUAAAUUACGACUUUUUGUACCGAACGGAGAUGGAGUCCAGAGGGAGCAAAUUUUAUUCGGGUGAUCAGUAUGGGAAGGCGAAGGGUAAAGGGGGAGGUGCCUUUGGCAAAACGGAUAAACUGCCGGAAGGUACGAUGCCUCUCUCCAGGGAAAAAUUGAUAUCUGAGGGGAGAAGAAAACGGAGAUCUUCAAUUAAGCGCUACUACGUAGACUCGGACGGGAGCAGUGAUGACACCCUUAAUGUGAAGAAUACGGACAAUCCGAUCGAUGUGGACAAUCCGAUCGAUGCGCACAAUCCAGUCGAUGCGCACAAUCCAGUCGAUGCGCACAAUCCAGUCGAUGCGCACAAUCCGGUCGAUGCGCACAAUCCGGUCGAUGUGGACAAUCCGGUCGAUGUGGACAAUCCGAUCGAUGCGGACAAUCCUGACAAUGCUGAUGGCGUGCGGAACCCAGAUUUUAAGGCCGAUCCCCCCACGAGCGAGUACCGCGAAAAGGGAAGCCUCAAGAAGAAGGAUCUCUGUGGCUACUACGAAAGGGUGAAGGAUAAAAUCGUGCCAAACAUAUUUAUCUUUACCUUAAAAAAUUAUAAAGACGAAAUGGUGUACUCCAGUUAUCACGUAGGAUACGUAUUGAGAGCAUUUUUUGAAAUGAGUAAGGAAGCUUUCCCCUUCGAGAACAUCACAGUUUUAUUUCUCCCUCUAGCUUUUUUAAACCUGGAGAAUUACCCCUCAUCGGAAAGCAUCGAAUGUUCGGUUGGUGCGCACAUCUACGACGACAUGAAGAAUGGCUACAACCUCUUCUCAAACAGUAACUUGUUAAAUACAAAGUUAUCAGAACCUUAUGUUUGUCUCCAAAACAAUAAGUACUUUAUCUUUGGAAAUUUAAUCGUCUUCUCCACUCAAAUUCUACACUCUCUGUAUGACACCCUUUUUAACAUAAGUCUAUAUAGUUACAAGAUUAUCAUGGCAGAGGGGCUACUGGCUCUUUGCUUUGAUCACUACGUGGAUGUAGUGACAGAUGAAAAUAUCCACCUGCUCUUUAUGCUUAAGUCAUUAGUUCUGCAAAAAUAUUUGGAGCAAAUAUUCGGGACGAUUGAAAUGAAUGUUAUUUUUUACGAACUCAGGGAGAGGUACUGUUCCCAUGUGGAGCUCUUCGGUGAUGUCAACUUAUUUUACCAUUGUAGUAAGGACAGGGAAAAGUCGUUCACCUCGCCGCAAAGGGGGAAACUGUCUGCCGGGACAGAGUCAGAACAUUCCAACGUUGCACCCAUGGGCAUGAGUGUCCUCACCCACAACUUAUCAUCUUACAUUUUGAACCACCUGUUCUUCCUUAAAGCCUUCCUUUGUGUUCGAAUUUUCUUCAACAUAUUGAAAAGCUUCUCCUUCUGUGCGUCCAUUCACCAGUACUGCUUUUCGCUUUUCUUCUCCCACCUCAAGAGGAAGGGAAGAGUGAUCAGUUCGUCCAGAUUUUGGAAGGAGGUCUUCGACGAGUGCACGCGCAGGUACAUCGAAAGCUACAAGCAACUCCCCAAGAACAAGUUCAAAAUGAAGAAGAUCGAUCUGCAUGCCAAGUCUCCCGAACUGAGAACAGACGAACACGAACAGUAUCAGCUCCUUGAAAAAUAUUUUUCUCAAUUCCUUCAAACGUACAUUAAGGGUUACGGUGUCUGUCAGUAUAUCCUAACAUUCAAUGUACAGUUACAAAGGAAGGGGACUUCAAUGGACAGUUUCAAUUUUCUCGUGAGCCAAAACUCCAUUAACCCCUUCAAUUUUGUGAAUGAGGAUUUCCACUCUGCCUACUUCCUUGCAGAGAUGGCGUCUACCAGUGUAUAUAACCUGAUAGAGCUGAACAAACACGUCGAUUCGAAGAGCAAUACACAUGAGUGGAAGCACAACAGUCAAAGAAACAAAAUUAUCAUGCAAAAUUAUCUAGACAGAAUAUACCAGGAUAAACUCUCCGAGAAGGGGUACCCAAGUAAUUACUUCCAUCAUGAUUUGGAGAGACACUUCCUCUCCUUUUUAAAAAAAAAAAAGAUUCUGCAGAUGGAACAUUUUUAUGAAUAUGAUGAGGAGAUGCUCAGCCAUAAGGCCAAUGAUUUACUAAAUAGAUAUGUCAUGAAAAGGAAGCGUAAAAAUUUUUUCUUCCUCACGAAUGCCACGCUUAGGAAAAUGGCGCCCUCCGGCGAGAUGGGCUCCACGGACAGUAGCAAAGUUAUCAGGGGAGGAAGGAACCUUAUCGGGCAUUUUUCCAAGAGGGAGGAACAGACAAUGAGCGAACGGGAUGUCACAAAUCCCCCGCAGAGUGAAAACGAAUCUAAUUGGUCCAGUGGAGAUAAAGACAAGGAAGGAUACAUGGGAGGUGACACCCAGAAUGACCAAACAGGGGGCGAUCCUUACGUACAAGUGACGGAUAUGCAAGUUCCUCACAGUGAAGAAGCUAUUGUCCAAAGCGACUUCCUCAAAAAGAGAAUGUCAAAAAAGAGAAAGCAUCACGAGAAGGGAAAAAAAAAAAAAAAAAAAAAAAAAAAAAAAAAUUCCAAUAGAGAACAAACUACAACUGUGCACGACCUCAUCGGGGUAGAAAAAAUAAACAAUCGUUUACAGAUAUGCAGAAAUUAUAUUUUAAAAAAGAAAAAAGAGUUAAUCAAUUUGCCCUACUCUAAUUAUGAUAGUUUGGAACUCAUCGCAAGGGAUGGCAAUUUCUACUUGGGCUUUGGAUACGUGGGGUCAGAUGACCUCGCCUUGACCACGGGGAAAGGAAACCUGUACAAUAAUAUUAUUGCAUAUCAGAAAUUUAAAAAUUGUAAUGUGAAAAAGCUAAGUGAGUUGUGUGUAGACAAGCAUCACAUCCAUGAGUAUAACAGCACGACUCCCUUCCACACCAGUUGCAUAUACCCGCAGUGGAAAACGACCCUGCGCUUGUUUUACUACCUCCACGUUCUAGCAAAAAUUCAAAAAAAAAAAAAACUCCUAAAACGCGCUAGUGCUCCCGCGCGAGAUUCUAAGGAGGAAGAUGAAAUCGACAUUUUUGGCCGGCGGGAUCACACAAAUGGGAGAUCUCAUUCGGACAAACAAAGGAAGAAGAAGGAGAAGAAGGACAAGAGAAAAAAAGAGAAAAAAAAACAUAGACAUGCAGGGAGACACCACGACGAAGCCCGACACAGACACAGAAAAAAGAGGAAACAAAUGGACACAACGGAGAGUGUACAAAUAAUGGAAAGUGUGGACCAAGUGGUGGAGGUAGAAGAAGAGAAAACGCAGUCGAGGGCAUAUGGAGGAGAAAUUAAUUCCUUGAAUCACCCACGAUACAGCACGCUCGAGAGUACCACUAGCAUCAAUUUUGACUACCCGUACGUUGGGGAUAUGGUGGAGGGGGGAGAGGACGCCCAGCCGUAUGAUUCCGUGGUGGAUGAGGAAGUGUCAGUGGGUGAAGCGCAGAGUAAACCCAAUGGGGAGUACAUAGAUGAGAUAAGCGAAAUGGGAGGUAGCGUAGGGGUGCAUGUAGCGGUGGGCGAAGUGGCGGAGGAAUAUGCCAUUGGGGUAUGUGACUUACCUGAUGAAGGCGAAUCGAAGAAGAAAAAGAAAAAAAAAAGGGAAAAACGAAAAAUCAAAAAAAACAAGGAAAAGGAGAAGGAAAAGAUAAAAAGCCUGAGGGAUCUCCUCCUGAACAACAAGCUGUAUGCGGAGAACUACCUUAACCCAUAUGUGCUCAGUAACAUGCCAAACUCUGUAGACGAAAAUAAGUUCUUCCUAUGCCUCCUGAAGAUAGAAAUUGUGGAGGAUGACGGAGUAAGAGUUAUCAAGAAAAAUUUGCUAGACAACGUUACUCCGAUGAGAUUCAGUGUAAAUGCCAGACCCGAAAAGGGAAGAAAAAAAGUCGCCUUCAAGCAUGAGUCCAUAUAUAUGGCCAAGCAUGAAGAAUACGUAAGUAGAAACACCAUCGAUGCGUUCGAUAGCUAUAUGAACGAAACCGUUAAGUUUAUUGGAGUUACAAAUGACAGUGAUAAGUACAUGCUUGAGUAUUGUAAGCACAAGGUUCUGAGGAAGGACAAAUCAUUGAUGUGUCUGGAUAACAGAAAGUUAGUUGCCAAAAUAUGUAGCAAAGGGAAGAUUCCUCUCCUUUGGAUUCGAAUAGAUAAUGAUUUUAAUAUCCUCGGCAGAAUUAGAAGGACACAAAGUGCCAGCAUGUGGAUUCAGCAGCUCUGCAAUGACAACAAUGUUUUGGCCCAGUUGGAGUCGUCCUUCGCAUUGGCCUUCAUCCCGUUCUUUUUCCUCCAGAGGAAUGUAACAGGGGUAGACCAAAGUGGGGGUGUAGGAGUAGCAACGGGAGGCACAGGUGUUGGUGGAGUAGGGCCAACAUUGGAAGAGGGAGUUGGAACUGUGGAUUUUAAGAUCGAUCAAGGCACGCACGCAGAUAGCACACUGGACAUAAAUAUGCAUGCCCUUGCCGUAGGCGAUUCCAACUCAGGGAUAAACGCGUCACACGAUGUGGCUAAUGGAGGAGAGAACAUCGGUGAAGAUUCCAUGCAGUUCAUCCAAUCUGUGCUGAGCACAAAGAAAAGUGGAAAACAUAAAAAAAUUGAUUUUCACGUAGGGAAAGCCCCAUUUAAUGUUGCAUCUGGUGGUACGCUAGAUAGUCAACUUAUAAACGAUAGCUAUAACGUUGCACAUGGAAAAGAAAAACAUUCGCACAAAAAUCGCAUGCUCAAUGGGGAUAUUUCUUCCAACUCGGUAGUUAAUGAGAACAACAUGGGUAUGCACCAAAAUUCGAAAGGGCUAAUGAACAAUAUUGUGAAUGCAAAUUAUGCAAAUUAUUCAAAUUAUGCGAAUUAUGCGAAUUACGCGAAUUACGCGAAUUACGUGGCAGACAAUGACAACGACCAUGUCGACGACGAAGGUGACGCCACGUCGGACUUGCCCAACAGUGGAACCUAUGAAAAAAGGAGAAAUGCACAUCUUGCUCGGGUCGGCAGAAAUGAACCAGAUCCCAUGAAGGAUAACAUAAUGAGCAAUAAGGUUAACCAUACCAAAAGUGAUUUACUUAAAAUGGAUAGGUUAUCAAGUCAUAGUAGCAGUUCUGGUAGUGAGACAGAUGUGUUGGACUGUAACUUCUCCACCUCCACUGUGGACGACUUGAAUGAAGAUGCGAACGCUUCAGAACGUAACUACUCAUCGUCCAGUUACAAGAAGGUGAAGAAUUACAAAAAAAAAAAAUGGACGAAAAAAAUAUCUAUUCAAAACAUACCUAUUAAUGUAGAAGUGAUCAAGUGUCUUUACAAAUCCAUAACGGCAACGUACCUCCAUUACAUGGUUAAGAUUAGAUGCAUUUAUUCUCUUUGUUUUAUUCAUAAUAGAUAUUUAUGCACGCAGAAAAUUAUUCAAAACUUAUUUUUGGAAUAUACAGACGAGUUUUAUGGAAACGACUUGAACCAGAAAAAAUUCAUGCAUGCCUUUUAUGUUGCCAUGUCUUUGUUAAGGAACAAAAAUAACCGCACGCCAAAAAUUAUCAUCUUCUUUCUCGCACAAAAGUGCGCUAACUUUGUCUACUCCCUUAGUCUCACUGAAAAGUUUCAUUUGGUUCGUCACGCACAAGGGGAAGCUGCACUGCCUUCUGAGAAUUUGUCUUCAAACGGGGGUAGCAAAAAUCCCACAGGGAAAUGCUCGCAAAUUUUGGAUCACUUGGAAGAUGCCAACGCAUCCAAAAUAUCUUGCACAACAUCCUUCCCGCUCAUCUUCUCACCAUCGGUGAACGAUGUGUGUAAAAGCUACGAUAGCGUCAACCUCAAGCAGGGAGAAGCACACAAAGGAUCGUACUCUGCAGUUAUAGACAAAGAUGGUUCGCCCGAAGGUUUCCAUAAUGAAACCGAAAUGGAUAUGGUAGUUGAUAAAAUUAUUGCCCUUACGCAGGAUCAGCAAGAAAUACGCCAAGGUGACGGAAAGUUCCCCCAUCGCCGUAGCCACCAUUCGUAUAAAAACGCGGACCAAAGACGGACAAGAAAAAUUACAUACGAAAAGGAACUCCUCAUUCAGAAGGAAGAGGAGGAGGACAUGAAGAUGGUGUUGGAAUGCCUUGGAAACAUAAGGUUCAAAGGUGAGCAUCUCCCCUUUAGUGGUCAUCCCACGGCAAUAUCAAAUGGUACGAUGAAAGACAACCCGAUGAGCAACAAGGAGUACCUCUUUUCCGAAUACCUCCAACAUACUACAAUCAGUCAUCCCCCAAACAGUGCAAGCAAGCAUAAUAAAUUUUUAUGCAAAAAAAAAAAAAAAAAAAAUUAUCAUACGUACGAUUUUUGGAACAUACAAAUUUAUAAUAGUGAUGAAAAAAGAUUAAAAAAUAAUUUUUUGAAAUUAAAAAAAAAGAAAAAAGAAUAUGUACAGGAAUUAAUGGAUGUCAUAUUUCUGAUAUAUCAGCUAAAAAAAUUGUCUCCCUGUUUGCCAAUUUCCGAUUGGAUCAUAAUCAUUCUAAUUAGAACCAUAGGUAGGAACAGAAACAUCCUGGACACUUUCAAACGGAAGAUGCACUUGGAGUACAAGGAUCAUUUCGAUUUCUGCAAGUGUCUGCCAAAUGUGUAUUCCCCGAAGUGGAGCGGAUCCAACAUGAGUAACUUCAUUUCAGCGCGGAAUGCAAACUGGUUUCGCUUGGAAAUUGUGCGAACGAUUAUUCAUUUGGUCCUACAUGGUAGCAUUCGGUUGUUUCAAAUUUUUUAUCGUCCCACCGGUGAUGAGGACACUCGCGAUGAGAAGGGUACCCACGGAGGAGGCCCUCCCGAAUGGAGACACAACUCGUUUUCAAGUAUUUACAAAAGAGAAAAUUACUUCUUUGUAUCAAACUACACAAAUUACGUGGAGAGAAAGACCAUAUGCAGCCAUGUGCUUAACAUUUACAGCGCCUUCCACUUCUGCCAACAAGUUAUACAACUUUAUGAUGAUGCCCAGUUUGAAAUGCUUCUGUGGAGUAACCUGUACAAUAUGCUACUCAUAUGCCAACAGAAAUACCCCUUCUUCUUUUUACCUUUCUCAAAAAUGUUCUCCAAAUAUUUUAAAGAUUACCAGAAGAGGAGCUACUCGCCCUUCGAUUUUUACUUUUUGCUUUAUGGGGUGAGCGAUGUUAAUGCGUUUGAAAAGGAGAAUUACAAUGUCGGGACCAAUUAUCAGGGCGAUUCUACUGAUUACCAUGGUGGUGUUGCAAAAGGGGAACCUUUUAAUCUCCACCCUCAUGAAUACUACGCAACCAAUGGACAAAUUGGAGAAACUCUAAAGCAGAAAUACUGCUCCCACUUAACCAUGUCAAAAGAGAUAAAGGGCGUUCGUAUUUAUAAAUACAACAUUGUGGGCUACAUUAAGCUAAUCACCAUUCUGAAAAAUGUAAAACACACAAAUAAACUGAAGAAGAAUUUCAUCCAAAUGAGUUUUAUAAAAUAUAUUAUCCGAUAUAUACACUCCUUUUUGAAAUCAUUGAUUGUCUCAAUUUCCAGCGCAAAUCUGAACUAUUUCAAUAAUGCUAUUCUUUUCCAGUUAAAAAAUAUUAUGGCGUUUUUCUUUGGCUACGGUAUUCCCCCCUGCUGCUCGGGCGAGUGUCCCCGUAUCUACCGCCCGCACUAUGAUCAGCUUCGAAGCAUAGCGAGUAAAGGAGUCCAAAUAAACGACCUCAUCAAGUUCCUCCGGACAUAUUACGACAACGAUAAACUCCUCGAAUGGAAAAUCGUUGCGUCGGAAUUCAUUAACGUUUUAAAAAACAUGAAAGAACUCCAACUCUUUGUAGACAGCCCAACCGUAUCUUUGCAAAAUUUUAACUUCGCUAAAGAGAACAUAUGGCUUACGCUUAUCGACGCCAAGUUGCGAAACGACAUUUAUAAAUUACCUAUGGAUUUAAAAAGAGACAUAAUGCUCCUGCUGAAGAACAUCCGCAUGGUCGACAUGUGUCUGGGGACCAACCACUACGAGCACAUCAACAAUAUCUUCACCGUUUGUUGGUUCAUCAUUGUGAAAAUAUUUCAGAAUUAUGAAAAGAGGAGGUCAUGA